GUUGCUGGAAUGCAAAGAAUGCUGUUGAGGUUAAGUUGUUUGACCACCACCAUGCUCUAGCCACGUCUGACUGGGACAACUGACAGCUAUGCCUCCACUACUUCUAAAGAUAUCCGUUGUGGGAGGAGUGACCAAGUUACUGCAUUUUGAUAAGUCAAUGACAGUGUUUGAUGCAUGCAGACACAUCCGGGCAAAGUUAGCAUCGUCAAGUCAACAACAAUCUGACCAGACGUACGGCUUGUUUCUCUCAAAGGAAGAUCCAACGCUAGGCAUAUGGCUCGAGAAUGGCAGAACUUUGGAUUCCUAUAAAUUCAAGUCAGCAAAAACGUCACUGGAGUAUCGUUCAAAGCAGCGACUAAUACGUGUCUGUACGUUGGAUGGGGCGACACGGAAAGUUGUUAUCGAUGGUAGUCUACCGGCACUGGAAAAUAUCAGAGCAGUAUGUGCACGAAUAGGAAUUCAGAAUCAUCAAGAAUUCUCUUUCACAGUGGACAAAGACUCACAGAAAUCUACUUUUAAACGAGCCGAUAAACCCAGUGCAGACAGAAAGCUUGACACCCUCCGAAAAGAAAGGCACACUCACGAUUUCUUGCACUGGGUGGACCCUCAUAAGACACUGAGGGAGCAGGGACUGUUUGGAGACUCUGUGGAGCUCACUCUCAGGAAGAAGUACUUCUUUUCUGACGAAGACAUUGGAGCCAAUGACCCAGUUCAGCUGCAUCUCCUCUAUACCCAGACUAGCGAAGCAGUGACCAAUGGAGUGCAUCCAGUUACCAUAGCAGAGGCCCUAUCUUUGUCAGCUCUAAGAUGCCAGGAAAUGUAUGGAGAUUACCUGGAAAGGAAAUUCCAGAAAGGAUCCAUCAGAUCAACUUUGAGAGGUUUUCUACCAGUGGAAUACAGAAAAGACACAAGAAAAACAAAAGCCAGCUUUCUAUUGGAGUAUCAAAAGCUGGCUGGUCUCGAGGAUUUGUCAGCCAAGUUCCAAUACAUUGAAAAGUGUAGAAAGCUAGACACCUACGGAACGUCAUUCUUUGCUGUCAAAGAAAAGGUUCCUCGACGAAACAAGCUCCACCCUGUCCUGCUCGGAAUCAAGAGGGAGUGUGUGCUCACACUUGACAUUAAAACUAAAGAGGUUCUAGAGAUGUGGGAACUCCAAACCAUCCACAGCUACUUCUCCACUCCAACAAGCUUCUGUCUGAAUUUUGGUGGCUACCGAUCUGGCUUGUACAUUGUUAAGACAACUGAAGGAGAGUCGAUAGUUCAACUACUAGACGGCUAUAUUCAACUCAUUCAGCAAACAAUGAAGCAAAAUUCAGUUCUCCCUCCUUCAUCACCCAAUGAGAAGGUUCUUAGUCCUAAGGAGAAAAUGCAGCAAGUGAUUUCUGAAGUUAUCAACAAUGUGUCUCAGUCUCAAAUUGCAUUAGAAACACCAGCUGAAUCAAAAAUAAAGAAAGCAAAGGGUGUUACUAUAGAAACCUCCAAGUUGAAGCUCAGUGCAUUAGUGAGUGCUCUUCUCUAUUCAAGUGCUAUACUCUGGAGGGAAACAAUGUCCAAAAGUUGUGACUACAUUCAAAUCUCUGCUGCAGCAUACAGCUUGGAACCAAUUGUCUCUGCCUUGACUGACUGCUCUAGACUGCUAGCUUCCCUGGGUCUCACAGACAAGGACAGUGUAAGGAUUCUCGGCUCAGCAAAGACUCUCGUUGACACCAUUAGCAGGCUACUGGCACUGGUUAAACAGGAUGAAAGUGUUGAUGAUCAAGUACAAGCUACGUUAGAGGAUGUUGCGUCCAGAGCAACUGAUUUACUGGCGAUAACAGACCUGAAGAAGGGAGUAUCGUAUGGCACAUACCAAUCUGCUGCACCUGUGGUGUUAUCAGUUACAAGCUCUGUAUCCAGGUUCCUUGCCGAGACCAUGAGGAUUAAAGGAACAUGUGGCGAUGAUACUCUAGAAGUGGAAAUCAUGUCCAGUGUGAAGGAUGUCAAGCUGUCUUGUCAAGUCCUAGCUACUUCAUUCACUGUGCUCUCCUCUUGUUCUGAGUCUCCCAUUGGCCAAUCUCUCCUCAUUGAGUCAACACAGGCUGUCAUUGAGUCUGUUCACAGACUAUGCUUUGCAUCUAAGGGUGUGUGCUUGGACGGAGGUUUGAUCAUUGAAAUCGGAGCUUCAGCAUCCACAGUAGCUUCAAAUCUGAACUCCCUGAUUACAAAACUUGGAGCAACAUCCCAGGAAUUUCCGAGACAUCCAUUAGAGAAAUCUUUCACUAGUGUUUUAGCUGAAGCUAGAGUAUUGAAAAGUCUUCUAACAAGAAAGCAGCCCAGGAGAAAGGUUCUAACUCUCACAAAGAGCUUCAUGUUAAAGAUGGCUGCACUGAUCCAAAACCUCAAGUCUUACUACACAAUUAAGGACUUUGAUCGAAAGAGGGAACUGCUCGAUUCGCUUAAAAAGUUGCUGGAUGAGAUUAGUGUCUUGGUUGAAGGUGUGAAGGACACUUUUCUGUCAAAAGUAUCCACUGACGCGGUACUGAGCUAUCUUGACGAAUCAGUGACUACUGUGUCUGUUAUUGUCGAACCGCUCCUGGAGCAAAUCAGAUACACUCAGUUCUCAAAUACGGUGCACACAACAUUCGACAGCACUUUAGUGCUCACAGUCAUCGUAGAAACUGCAGCUGAGCAUUCUGAGUUUAAAACAAUGCUGCUAGAACACUGUAAGAAGGUGGAAGCCAAGUUGCGAGCUGUGCAAGCUGCCUUCGGUACUGAAAACCAUGUUAUUAUGUGGACGGAUAUUAGAGAAAUGUUUCCAUACUUAUCGUCUCUGUGUACCUUCUCAAGAGCACUGGCACAAGAGCUGUAUUCCAAGAAUCAAUACGUUUCAGAAGUGAUUCGCAUGUGGAGCUUUCAUGUUCAGUCUCAACUCUAUGAGCUAAAAUCAAUUCUGUCAAAGAUGAUGAGCUACAGUGGAGGAAGCUUCGAAAUUUGUAGCAAGUCCCUGAAAACUCUGAGAGAAUCUAUCCAGCACCCAUUGAAAUCAACUGACGGACUUGAUGCCUUAUCGUAUGGUCAAACAUGUCACACGUUAGCGCGGUCUUGCAAUGUUUUCAUCUCUCUGGUUUCUGAGUUGACUGAUAGGUCAAGGAAGAAUUUCACCUAUACAGUAUUGGUCUCCCAAACAGAGAAAAUUGUCAAUUCUUUGCUUGGAUUAAGACAAGAUGUAAAGGAGUCGAAGUCGAUGGAACUGGCUGUGCGACUAUUAAAUGAGAUCGAAGGGCUUGGUGAAGAAUUGUUCAACCACUCACCAUUGGACCUUAGGCUAAUUGAUGCACUUCGUAAAACUAUUUUCGAGAUCAGAGUCUGUUUACCUCUUCAUCAAGAAUUCUCAACUACUCUUCAAAAACUCAGAGAAUUUCAAGAUCCUGCAGUUUCAUUCUCCAAGCCACCAGAAGACAUCAGUCUCAUUAAUGCUAUCCGGUCGAUUCAUGCCACCAUUUCAGUAAUCCUUGAUGCUCCCAAUACGUCAUUAGAGGAAAUCAAGGUUUCGUUGACCAAUUUCACAUCUGCUGUUCAGUCAAUUCUUUCCAUUGGUAAAGAGAAAGCUUCUUGCUUAGAUGAUCAGCAUAGGGCAGGUAUACUAGCAAAACUGAAACGACUCUGUAGGAAUUCAUGCCGAAUACUUCACACGGCAACAAGGGUAUGCUAUCAGCCGGGAGUAUGCUCCCUGACAUUGGCGCCAGCUGCUAGGAGUCUUGUAUCAUCACUGACUGACAUUGCUUUAGUUUUAACAAGUUCUGGAACUGAGCGAAAAAACGAAUAUGAUCUUGCUUUAAUGGAAUUAGAGGCUCUUAAUGCAGUGUUUUUGACUGGAAGUAAUGUUAGUGUAACGUAUUCAACCACCAAUUAUUCUGAGUGCUAUGGAGCAAUUGUGCAGCAAGUGAAGAAUAUUUUAGACGUUACAAGUGAGCCCAAAGAGAAAAUGUCAAGUAUUGUACAAGCAGUCAGAAACAUACUUGAUUCUGCGAUAAAGGCUGCAGGUCUAUGUUCACAAAAUUGUGAAAAUCCUUACGCUCAUGAUUAUCACAUGACUGAGUCUCAAAUGAUGAUGUGGAAUGCUCAGUUCCUGGAUAUCUGUGAACAGCUACUUGACCCAUCACUAAACAGUACUCAGCGAUUAACUCUCGAAACAACUAUCUCCAUGGAGCUGAGGUCAAUGAGUAGAGUUAUAGAGUACAUGGCAUCAACUUUGGUUGGCAACAUCAACAGGAGAAAAAUAUUGCAAUGUAUGGAAUAUUUGGCCAUGAGAGUUUCCAAUUACCUUGAAGUCGUAAAGGAGUCCACCUUUGAAAGUGUUAUUUCUGCAACUAGCAGUCUGGUUAACAUGUAUGUUGUCAUGGAGAGUGUGUACAGCACAACAGCAGCUACAGCACUGUCUGUACCCAAUCAAUCCAUCACAGUGGCUUCAAGCAGCGUACUUUCAUCUGCAAUGACAUGGUUGAGGACUGUCCAGUCACCUCAAGAGCAGACUACUAAGCCCAAUGAGGAACUUGCUGCUUUUAGAGAAGAUGUACAGAACUUGGUCACUGCAGUGAGGGAAAAUGUCAUUGGACGACUGAAUUAUGCAAGAUGUUUACACCAAACGGAUUCUUUCAAGACCACUCUAGAUGCUGCUGUCAAUGAGACGACAAAAAGCUCAGAAGGAAUUGUUGGCUCUAGUAGUCUCCACGCCAGUGUGACCAAAGUAAGGAGGAGCUGCUAUCAGAUGGAAAGAAAGUUGAAAUCUAUUCAAUCUCUUCCUCAUGUGGACUGUAUCGGUCAACAGAUUUGUGAGACUACCAUAGAAAUGGAAGUACUGCUGGAAAGUGUGGUUAAGACGUGCUCUCUCACUUCCAAGUCAGAGAACACACUGCUUCUUGUUCAACAUUCAUCCACAUGCUUGGAAGCACUGUCUGAUAUACUACAGUGGUUAAAUGAUUUGGCCUCCGGUGAUAGUGAGUUGAAUGAUAUUGAUCUGUUGAAGUCGAAAAUACAGAAACUCUUGUGUGGUUUGGAUGACCUCAUUUCAUUGACUCUGGCUAUCAGUACCAAAGGAUUUAAUCCAGUGAGUAUCAUGGAAAUCAAAAGAGCUGCCAAGAGAGAUGAGAUUCCACCAUUUGUUUUUGAGGAUACUGACAGUGACAUAUACAUUCAUGCCCAGCUGACAACACAGUGUCAUUUGCUUACCAAAGCAUUAAACUCAAUGAUCACUGAAGAUACAGAGGGACAAAUGGACCUCCAGCUCAGUGUACUAUUGUGUUACAGAGAGAUCUCCAAAAUUGUCUCCAGCAUUCAGGGAGUUGGGGAGGAGGAGCGAGAAUGUUUGCUUCAUAGCAACCAAUCACUGGCUGACACUAUUGCUAUUGUACUGCAAGACAUUGCCAUAUUGUCCUUACAUCCGGAAAACCUAGAAUCGAGAAAGAGCUUGAAAGAAGCUGUUAAAUCAGUUCAAGAAGAUGUAUUUCGUCUUGUACUUCUGGCUCAGUUAAACGAAGAUGGUGCACAAUGGUCUGCCGUUGACAACUUGAGAAGCUGUGUUUCGAAUCUAGACCUCUACUGGGUGUGUUCAACGUAUGCCCAGCAAUCAGAUAUUGAGCAAACUGAUUCUCAAACAAGGAGUUUCACGUCAGACGAUGCACAAGUUUUGCUUGAAGCGGUGAGCGAUCUUGUGAAGGUUAACGAGGAAGACCCAGACAAACUAGUCUCCUCCGUUCUCCAUGUUUCUUACACGGUCUCUUCUAUUUACGAGUCUCUGGAGGAGAGCUAUGCUACUAUGGCACUAAGCAAGUGUGAUUUGCGAAUUAUUACAGCUCUUAGGGAUAUCUCUACUAUCCUCGUUGAUUUGCUUAAGAUGUCCUCUGGGACUUACUCGCUUACUACUGGAAACAUUACAUCUUCUUUGAAGCUAGCUCAGCAAGCUGCAACGUCCCUCCUUGAAACUGUUAAAGAGGAGAAUCAGAAAGCAACAGUAGUGGAUACAAUCACUGCUACAAUCAACCAUGUUGACUACUUACAGACAGUAAUAAAGGCUAAAUUUGACAGUCCUUCGGAAAUGACAUACACAGAUGUGGUUUGCUCAACUACUCUACUAACACUUCUUGCAAAACGAAUGAGGGACACAAUUGAGCGUAGCGGCAGUAUUGAUGAAGUUGUUAUCACCGAGUGUGCUUUGCUGACCAGGCUAACCCUGACAUCACUCGUAUCUGUGUCUUCACGACUUAUCUCUAUUGUGGAAGACCAAACAGAGAAAACAGAAUUGGUCCAAGGAAAGUCUGAGUGUAUCUCUUCGAUUCAGUUUGUGUUGCUUCAACUUAAAACAAAGAUUGUGAGCCCAAAUGAAGUGAGCAUGGAAGUAGUGUCCAGUAGUAUGGAUAACAUCACUUCAUUCUCCCAAGAAAUGCUAGAAGUGUUCGAGAACAUAGGUGGUGCUAUUACUGGUGUUGGACCCUUUCAGCUAAAUAUGUUAGAUUAUUUUCAACCAUGGUCAGGUCAUCAUUACAUCACAGAGGAUGUCGACAGCCCUGAUGGUGAUAACUCUGAUGACCUUGUAAUAGCAAACACAUGUGGUGCUCUUCUACAAGCAUUGCAGUCUCUGGUAACUGUGCCGAUUGGUGAUUCCCUGACUCUAGACAAAAGAUUUUGGGUCCAGUCCCACAUUGCAAUGGUGUCAAGUCUCAAUUUGAAAGUCGAAGGCAAGUCGUUCAAUACACAUUACCUUGCUCGGAUGCUGUUAAAGAUGGUAGCAGAUACUCUCAUACUGUGGAGGGUACUCGAUAUGCCGACUAACAGCGAUUGGUUGGCUCUUGUGACAUCUUCAAAAACUCUUGCCCAAGCAAUAGCAAGAAUGUAACUUUUUUUAUUCACUGUAACUUUUAGAAGAUAAAUCCGAGGUGAAUCUUUCUGGAUCACAAAAUCAUUGCUGUAAUUAUAGAGUGUGUUUUUUAUCACAAUACGGUAGGAAUAUUUGAAUCUAUAAUACUAUUUAACUUGA